AUGAAACUAAAUUUUGAUGGUUUUAAAUUAGCAAAUGGUAAUGCAACUUGUGGAUUUGUUUUAAGAGAUUCUAAUGGCAAGGUUCUUCUUGCAGGUGCUAAAAAUUUGGCCCCUUCUGUUUCUAUUCUUGAAGUAGAGGCUUGGGGCCUUGUGGAAGGCCUUAAAGGAGUUGCUUCUCUUAGUAUUUCACACUUAUUAGUGGAAGGGGAUAAUCUUUCUGUUGUUAAUGCUGUUAAAAAUUGUUGGUCUACACCUUGGGAAAUUAACAAUAUGGUUUAUGAUGCAAGAAUAAUGAUGUCUAAGUUUGCUAUGUGCCAGAUUGACCAUUGUUUCCAGAAAGCCAAUCAAGCAACGGAUUUCAUGGCUAACAAGGGCCAUAGUUAUUCCUCCCUCUUGUACUGGUUUCCCCCUUAUUGUAUUGAUUUUUCCCUCAUCAUCCGUAAGGAUGUUUUAGGUUGA